AUGGGCCGUAUUGUUACGCUCUCCGCACUUGCCCUUCUGUGCAGUCAUGCGGUCCAGGUGGCUGCUAUUCCGCCGUUUGUACCACAAGCCAAUACGCUGAAGCAGGUGCUGCUAGGUGGCUUGGAUUCGUUUCAGCCUGUGCCCUCUUCUGCAGUUGGGGAUGAUUCCGACCAUGGCGAUGCCGUCUACGUCACCCAGGAUGCUACGGACAGGAACACCCAAACAAUGAGACCGCCGUCAUGGUUCACCUCGACGCUGAUGGCGCGCCGUCUCCUCGCCCUCUCCACCACCGGCACCGUCUCCUCCAUCUUCCCCGAUCAUCCAGCGAACGGUCACACCCCCGAGGCCGUGGCCGGCCUCUCCAUCAGCCUCCCGGAGUACAUUGCCGACUGCGACGAAUCCCUCCCCACGAGCGACAGUAGCAGUAGCAACAGCAACGACAACGGCGGCGAGGGCAACCCAACCCUCCUCGCCCUCCGCGUCUCAACCACCUUCCGCAACACCGCCGCCGGCUCCAACAUCAGCCUCGCCAUCGACUGGUGGGACCACCUCGACCAAACCCAGCCCAUCGCCCCGGGCUUCCCUCGCAGCGAGGCCGGCCUGCCACGCGUCACGCUGAUCGGGUACGCCGAGCCAUUCGCGACCCCUGUGCCCGACGACACGCAGGCCGCGCUCGAGGCGUGCUACCUGGCCGCGCAUCCGGACGCGGAGGUCUGGCUGCCCGGAAAGCCCGGCUCGCCGCACGCGAGUUUCUGGGCCCGCAUGGUCGUCACGCAGGUGUAUUGGAUCGGAGGCUUUGGGGGCUUCCAGCAGAUCGGGUGGAUGAAUGUUACGGAGUGGAAGGGCAUUCGGCGGCAGCGGAGUCUGCCGGGGAUUGGGGAUGGGCGGGGAUGGGAGGAUGUCAGGCUGCCUGGGGAGAAGGAGUAG